UGAAGCGGUGCUUCAGGCGCUGGAGGUGAUGCUUAAGAUGAACGAGGGGCUGCUUUGGGGCGGGAGGACGCAGUGUAUCAGGGUGAGAAACCCGAUGUUUAGCCGGAAAGUGGGAUGGAAUGAUACUGUGGCGAGUAUCAUGACCUCCAUGGGAUGGACGAUUUCCUCCGAAGUAGCGUGGCUCGCCGCGCUCGGAUCCUCCCCAUCGUCCACGGUCCCCCAUCCACCCAUCGUUGACCCCGACGCGCAAGUGCUCGUCCCCCCCUCCGGGGUCUCUCAGCCCGACAGUCCGCAGAGAAAGAAACUGCUCAUGGCGUGGAUCGAGCUGGGCGCGUUUGCGCUCGUGUGGAGGCGUCGAUAUCCGGGUAUCGAGACCGCGUUUAGGUUUUCUCUCGAAGUGCAUGAUACGAGGGAAACCUUGGAGGACAUGUUGGGUGUCAACGAACUGUACAUGGACGACCUACCCCGCCCUGUCCCUCAGAACAAGCGUGGGCCGUUCGAGGCCCUCGGACUUGGACCUCGUUGGUCCCCAAAGAUCCUAAAGACUGCGUAUAGCAUGCAGUGCCGUUGUCUACUUUCCAAGCGCACCCAGUUCUUUGACUGCUUGUCGCACAUAUAUGAGUUGACGCAGAACGAUCAGGUGGGCAUGCUCCUAGCGGAAGAACGCAGCCGAGGGCGACACACGAGUCUCGAGCUGUCCGAAGCGUAUGCUGAGCUCGGUUUCGGCGAAGACGGCGAGCUGGGCAUGAUUGGCGAAGAUUCGGACGACAAUUCUGUUUGGGAAGCAUUCCUCUACCGGGUGGGACAGUGGUCCAAGCUUGGGCAGAAAGACUUCAUCGGCCCAUAUGCGCCUCCUCCUGGCUUGCCCCCAGGGAGAGAGACCCACGGGCCUUAUGCUCCCCCGCCGAGGUUUCCCCCGGGGAGAGAAGACGUGGACAUGGAUUCUUCUGCCAGUGCUGGGGUUGGUGUUGCCCCUUCAGAUGAGCACCAGCGCGGGCGUUCCCUCACCCGCGCUGGGGCGGGAACACCUCACCCGUCUCACUCAGACUGGACCACUCGAGCACUCGCCCUUCCACGAGAAGACGUGAAACGGAAUCUCAAGGCCGCUUUAGAAGUGAUUGCCGAGUCACGCGGGAGCUUGGAGCUCCAGAGACGACUGAGAGGAGAAGCGGAAAACAAGUUUGGGAUGGAUGUUGAGACGGCUUAUGCUACGCUGGGGGUUAUGAAGGAGACGGAUGACGAGAUGGUGUUGGCCGUGUUUCAGACUAGGUGUUCGGAUUCACCAGCGAUGACGGACCGUAUGCUGGAUGCGUUGCGCUCAAUUGCCCAGGCCUGGCAGAGCUCGCGUCUCCUCCGCUUCCUGGAAACAGGUAACCCCGAGUCUGAGACUCCUGGUCAUUCCACUACUUCUGUGCCCCUGGAAUGGCCCCGCGGCUUGGACCAGCUGGGCAACACCUGCUACCUCAACUCUCUGUUGCAGUACUUUUAUACGAUCCGGGAGCUAAGAGAGAACGUGGUGGAUAACUCAAAGUUGGUGGACGAGAAUGAGUUGAUUGAGAGUAGGGCACUGGAGACAAUGAGAGUCGGUGGUCGGUUGGUUACGAAGCGUGAGAUUGCCAGGAGUGCCGAGUUCGUCAGACUGCUGGGAGUGUUGUUCACCCAGCUUAGCGUGGCAGAGACGCCCUCGGUAACCCCCGAACUCCAACUCGCCAAGCUAGCUCUGGUCACUUCCCAAGACGAAGAAGAGGACAAGCUGUUAAAUCAUGCCAUUGUUGCUAGUCCUGUUGACACGCGCCAGAAUACGGCCCCAAGCUCAGAUGCCACUCUUGUCGACGCCCCCAUGGACGUUGAGCCCAUGGGACCACAUUUACCUCUCGCAGACAAGUCCAGCACGACUAUCCUACCCGAGGAUGAGGCUGCAGCUCCGAACGGGGUGCCCACGGCGCAUUCGACGCCCUCCGCUACCUCUGGUCCUGAUUCAGCAGCUUCUUCUGAGCGCAAGAUGUCGCCACCUGAGUGCGCACCUUCUGUGCUGGGCAAGCGGGAGCGGGACAGCAGCGUCCGUCCAACUCGAUCUAUGAUAUAUUUCGGGGCCCUAGCUGACGAUCCGCAAACCGUCAAAUCACCCAAGCGCGCCAACACCGUGCCGCCCUCCGACAUGGCGCUGGAUGGAGAGUCUCGCUCUUUCAGACGUGCGAUGACAGAUCCAAUGGACGUGGAUCCAGCUGAACCCAAGCCGCGAUCGGUCUCUGUUGACGUGGAGAUGAAAGUGGACGGACCGCCGGAAGUAAGUCAGCAGAUCAAUGGGACAAACGAACCAAAGCGGCCGCCGCCGCCAUUACCUCCCCGUAGCUCGACCAAGCGCGUCGAAGUGCAGUCAGACUCGUUCAUGAUGUUCGGACGACAACAUGACGUUUCGGAAUGCAUGGACAAUUGCAUGUUUCAGAUCGAAGCCGCCCUCAAACCGGAUCAAGAGGUUGCAGAAGGAAGCUUGGUCAAACGGUUAUUCUACGGCAAGCUCAGGCAGCGUGUGACAAGUGAUAGCUCGAGCACGGUGCACAUGCGAGACGAUCCGUUCGCUCAUAUACACGUCAAUGUAGGCGACGAAGGCUUCGAUCUAUAUGACGGAUUGGGCGGCUAUUUCGAGGAUGAGGUGGAGUAUGAAAGCCGCAAGUCCAAGAUGGAUGUCACGCUUGUAGAACUGCCUCAGCUUCUGCAGGUCCAAUUGCAGCGUGUUCAAUUCAACCGGGAGACAUUUCAGGCAUACAAAUCCAACGCAUACGUCAAGUUCGGAGAAUCAUUGUACCUCGAUCGUUUCCUGGAAUCAGCAGACCCUCAGAAGCGCGAGCAUUCCAAGACUAUCAGGAAGCAACUAGACGAAUGUCGUAACGAGAUUCGCGCAUUGACUCAAGACAGCUCAGGAUCAUUCCUUCAAGCCAUGGAUUUCACGCGCAAGUUCCUUGACGAGCAGAAACAAGUGGACAUACCAGCGUGGAACACUGAGGCCUCGCAGACACUGGAGAGUGAACGUCAUGCGCUCAACCGACGCAUUGAGGAGCUUCGCGCACGAGCUGCCUCACUGAAAGAGGAGCUGGAAGCUGUGUGGGCUGACGAGAAGGCGGCAGAAUACGAGUUGUGUUCUGUCUUCAUACACCGAGGCAAGCGAAACCAUGCGUUCGGUCACUAUUGGCUGUACUCACGUGUAUUGCCUGACCAUCCAGAUAAUUGGUAUAAGUACAAUGACUCGACCAUCACGGCUGUGAAGAAAUCAGAUGUCCUCGGUGAUCUAACGGGUUCUACGGCCAACCCCUACUUGCUGGUGUAUGUCAGGAAAGGUAGCGACGCCAUUCACACUGUGCAUCGACUUGUGUAGCUAGCGUUAUAUUGGGCUGCUUGGCGAGGGCGCCUUUAUGUAUGGCUGUGUUACCACUCGCAUGUACGCCGGUACGAGGCAAUAUUGCCAAGUCACGGACGCUGACGUCAUUUUGGGAAUGCUUCUUAAAUGAGAUGC